UAAUGGCAUUAGUCAGCGCACGCCACUCGCUACGAGCUGUAGUUUUUAAUGUUAAUAAUAGUAAACGACACUAGCGUAAUAAAAAUCAUUUAAAAAUACAACUACACACUUGGCUAUAAAGUUGAAAAUGCAAUACAAUAAAAUAUAUAAAUAAGUAAUAAAAAAUUAAGUGUUAAUAAAAUCGUUAUAUUAUCGCAAGUUAUUUUAUUAAAUAAAUAAUAAAUGCAAAAAAGCAAUAGUUAUUAGUGUUGUGCUUGACGUCGAGAACAUCUGAACAACUUCAGAUAGAUCUAGGUAUUUAGUAUCGUUAUCUGUUUUCGGCGCUAUUUUUAACGUGAAUCAACUCAUCGUAUGAGAGACUCAGUUGAGUUACGUACUUCGUUCGGAGAACAGUGAAAUAGUGUUGUAAGAAUAUAAUAUCAAAACAAGUGCAAUAAAAAUGAACACCGGACAAUAUAAUGACCCCAAGGGGCAGGGCAUGCCACCGCCGUACACAGACUUACCGCAGGCUCCCCCCACCGCUCCUCUGUACCCCCCUCUGCAACCUGGAGGUAUAGAACUACAGCAACAGCAACACCAGCAACAGCCCACAGUGAUCCCAGUUCUAGUGGGGACACGGCCAAUGGGUCCCAAACCAAGUACAUUGACCUGUCCAUCGUGCAAUGCUGAGAUCACCACAAGAGUGCAGUACAUGAGUUCUACCAAAACCCACCUGUUUGCUCUUGGGCUUUGUUUAUUGUGCGUAUUUAUUUCUGUUAUCUUUUUUUACAUCAUUAUAAUUAAAUUUUCUUUAUUUUCUUUAUGUAAGAUGUAACUAACACAUCAAGGU